AAUUCCACUCCCUCUUUUUCUUUCUUCCAUUUGAACACGAAUACAAAUCAGUAUCCUGGUGAGUACAGAUUUUGCCAUAACUAAAACUUGAGGCAAUUGACAUAACUCUCUGGGAUAGUGUGAAAAACCAAGCCAAAGCAAAUCAGGAACAUGUCCUCAAGAUCUAUUCUUUGAAAGCUUUGGCUUCUGUGUUUUUCAUAAAUCACUCUGUAAACUGGUGAAUUCUACCUUGUGUUCGAGUGUUGGUUUUGGGCAAAGGCAGAUUUUUUUUUCUUUUGUUGUGAGAGCUCUGUUUAGAAACAGGAGGUCAAAUAAGUCUUUUCUUCCUCAUGUGUGAACACUUGAGAAACUUAAAGUUGAUAGUGAGGAUUUCAUCAGAGUUCUCUAAAAGACUGGGGAAUGGACCUAACAGGCUAUGCUGAUUGGAGUUCAGCUAAUGGUCCAAGAAGCUUAGCAAGGGGCAGUGCCUCCUACACACAGCUGCCUGGUAAUUGCUUAUUGAACUGAGUUGAGUUGGGAUUGUGACUUAGCCUGUGGCCACAGAAGAGCCUCCUCUGGAUGUUCAUACAUCUGCAUGUUGGUGGUGAGGACCAAAACCAAGUCCAGGAGCCAGAAGGGGCUGACUCCACAGGGAGCCAGAGCCUCGCCUGUCCCCCAGCCAGGCGGGGGUGCUUUCGAUGGAGCCCCACACAGAGAAGCUGGAGUUCUUCCGAAAGCUGGGCUACAGCCGGGAGGGCGUCGUCAGAGUGCUGGCAAAGCUCGGCCAGGGGGCACUGGUGAAUGACAUCCUCCAGGAGCUGAUCCAGAUGGGCAGCCGCCCUCAGGCCGGGGAGAGCUGUGGGGAGAACCCCGCUCCAAAACUCGUUGCCCGGGGCUGCGGUGGCACUGCGGACCUGUCCCCACGGCUUCUGGGUGCGGAUCCUGAGGAUGAGGUGGAGGACCCCGACAACCAUUUGAGACCCAUUGUUAUUGAUGGCAGCAACGUGGCUAUGAGUCAUGGAAACAAAGAAAUCUUUUCCUGCCGGGGAAUUCGAUUGGCUGUGGACUGGUUCAGGGAGAGAGGACACAACUACAUCAAGGUCUUUGUCCCAUCGUGGAGGAAGGAACCACCAAGAGCUGAUACCCCUAUUUCAGAACAGCACAUCCUAGAGGAGCUGGAAAAGCAGGCGGUCCUGGUGUACACCCCGUCCCGCAAGGUCAAUGGCAAGCGGGUAGUCUGUUAUGAUGACCGCUACAUUGUGAAGGUGGCCUAUGAGAAGGACGGCGUCAUCGUGUCCAACGACAACUAUCGGGACCUCCAGAGCGAGAACCCGGAGUGGAAGUGGUUCAUUGAGCAGAGACUCCUCAUGUUCUCCUUCGUCAGUGACAAAUUCAUGCCUCCUGAUGAUCCUUUGGGCCGCCAUGGACCAACUCUUAGUAACUUCCUUAGCAAAAAGCCAAAGCUUCCACAGGCCUCCUGGCAGCACUGCCCCUAUGGCAGGAAGUGUACCUAUGGCAGUAAGUGCAAAUUCUACCACCCGGAGAGACUGCAUCAGGUCCAGCUGUCAGUGGCGGAUGAGCUUCGAGCCAAAACCAGGGCCUUGCCGGGCUCCGAGGAGGAGCCACGGAAGCCGGGGCCGGUUCCCCCCCUGACUCCCCCCAGCCUGAGCCCGGAAUCCCCGUGGAGUCCCACAGGCAGCAUCAGCAGCUGCAGUAGCUUUAGUAACAGCAGCCCGGGCUCCAGUGGGACGGAGGGGAGAGGUCCUUCUGUGGACAGGAGCCUCAGGGGAACUCUGGCCCGGAGCUGGGAGGACUGUGCUCCAGGCCGGUGGGACCCCGCACGCGGCUUUCCGCUCAGCCCCCCAGCAGGGGAGAUCCGCUUCCUGGAGGGCCAGCUCUCCAGACUGGCAAUUGGUGAGGAUUCCUAUGGUCCUGGCUCGCACGGCGGCCUCGGAAGUGCCGGGAUUCGGGGCUGGAUGCACACCUUAUACCAAGGCUGCAACCUCCGUCAUUCCAACUGCCGCGACCCCUUCCAGCCCCAUCAGCACAGCACGGACUGUGGCUGCUUGCACAGCCACCAUUUCCAGGAAGGGGCCCUGCCCACUGCAUAUGCUGGUAGCCCCCUGACGGGCAGAGGGUCUUACCAUCCUGGUUCUGGGGAGCCGGACCCGGCCCUGCCGGGGACUUUUGUCCCUAGUGACCGUCCAUCCGCAGCAGAUCUGCAGCAAACCCAACAGCAGACUGUCCCCCAGGCUCCCACCCGGGAUCCAUUUCCCCAUCCCACCCACACCAACGAGACCUGGGGAACAGGGCAAGCUCAGAAACCGCCGCCCGCUCCAUCUUUUAGGGGGGACUCCAGCUGGAGGAGCCAGCCCUUUAGGAGAGUGGAGAGUUAUCCACACUCCCCUGAAUAUAAAGGCCGGGCCCCGGGGUCAGCCAGUGCAGAGCGAGCCCGCGUCCGGACAGCCCUCUAUAACAUCUUCCCCCAGGGUGAGGUGGACCAAGUCAUGUCCUUAUUUCCAGACCUGGUGGAUAUCACCAGUCUAAUAUUACUCAUUGAGAAAAACCGUCGGCUUUGUCCGUGAGCUGGAAACCCAUGAGAAAGCUGUGGAGCCUCUGCCGGUGACAUCCCUAGAAUCCUUUUGACUCCGGAGGCUGGACUGCAAACCCACUGAAAGCAACUGUUGUAAUGACAGCCGGGCCCCUUGGCUCUAGGCAGGGCGAUAGCCAAGCUUUCCCAUUGCUCAUGGAGAUCAGGUCAGGGAUGACCAGGAAGGACGUCCCAUUGUUUAGUUUGCAGGCCUCCUGUGGCCGUUUGCCUGCUUCCUGAAUGGCGGUCACAGAAUCUCAAAUCGGGAAGGUCCUGAGCAAGAAUCCAAACGGGAUAAACUAUUUUGGGGGGAGGGGAGGAGGCAAUCAAUGUCAAGUGCCUUGGGUCACUGUCUGAGGCUGAAUUUGAACUUGGGUGGCUCUGACUGUAGGGCUGGUACUCUAUGAUGCCCUCAGUGCCCCCAGGAUUUCCUAUUAAAGCAAUCUCAACAGACAGACAUUCAGAUUUUGCUUGAAGAUUUCCAUUGUAGAGAGAAGGAGGAAGGAACUCACUACUUCUCAAAGCAUCCCAUUCCACUUUGAAAUGAAAUAAAUUUGGAAUAGAUUUUCUUGUAAGGAAGUUUGUGGUUGUUGGGUUUUCUUUCUUUCUUCUUUCUUUCUUUUUUAAAAAUUAUUUCUAUCCUUUUCUCUUGGUCCCAUAGGGCCAAAAAGAAUAAAUCUAAUCCAAGUAUUCUUUACUUGGGGUCUGUGAACUUAAAUUUUUUUUGAUAAUUAUUUAAAUAUAAUGGUCAUUAUUUAAUUUUAUGCAUUUAAAUAAAAACAUCAUUUUGAGGGGAUAUUUCUAUACUUCACUGGCCAGCCAAAAGGAUCUAUGAUACAAUAAAGAUUAAGAACCUUU